AUGUUUUUAAAGUGGAGAUAUUACAUGCUGAUCAAAUUAAGUUUUAAAGAACAAAUGCAUAGAUUACCUGCACAUCAUAGGAGAUAUUGCUCACAAAAUAAUUGUAACUCAAGAAUAGAAGAGGCAAUAAACAUACAAAUUAAAGCUGAGCAACAAGCAAGCCAGAAUUAUUUAAAUAUAGCUGUCACUAUGCUUCAUCCGUCUAAAUCCCUAUUAGGUGCUGGAGGAUUUUUUAUGAAAAUGUAUUAUGAAGAACUUGAGCACAUGCACAAACUUAUAAAUUAUCAGUUAUUACGAGGGGGAGCACCCUUGAUAUCUAGCCUUGAACUACCAGCCCAACAUAAAAAUCUUACUAUGCUUGAUGCAUUUAAACAAGGCCUGUGUAUGGAAAGAGAUAUAACUGUGCUUAUAGAAAAAGGAAUAAAAUAUGCAGAAGAAGUCAAAGAUUAUCAUUUUGCAGAUUUCAUGACAUCUGUCUUUUUAACUGAACAAAUCCAAUCAAUAUAUGAGUUUGAUCAACAUGUUACCAAGUUAACCACAUUAAAAAACAAUGAUGUUUUCUUGCAUCUCUAUGACUUGGAGCUACAAAAAAACUAUCCACUAUCAGAUAGUAUUAAGAAAGUGGUUAAAUAACUAAUAAAAAGAAAUACAACAACUAUGAGUUUAUUAAAAAUAUUACAUACAUGGACUUAAAAAUAAUUUAAAAAGCUAAAUAUUUUUUUAAUCUCACUGUACAUUACUUAUUAGUCUUUUAAGGCACAUUUUUGGAAAGUAUUUUAAUAAUAUCAUCCACUUUACAUUCUUUCAAAGCCACUUUAAGCUUAGUACUUUCAUUAUUAAAAUUUUCAAGUAAGGAUAGUGUUCUCCAGUCCAGAUACCAUUGUAAUAUUAUGUCUGAAAACAUAAAUUAUUUGUCAAUUUAUAAAUGUAUUAUAAAAAGAAAACAAAGCAAUCACACAUCAAAUAUAGCACUCCUCAGAAUGUUACUGAA